AUGCCCAUGCUUUCUUCAGGACACUUCAUUCUGACUACCCUUACGUCGUCGUUUCACUCUCCUCUUUCCCUAAAACGCCGUUUUCUCCUCCGUUUCUCUUCCAACAAGAUUUCACUAUCCAUGGCUGAAACAAACAACGACAAUGCAAAGUCAUCACAGCCACGAGAUGAAGACAUUGAUGCAAAUGAUUCUGUGAUAUUUAUGGCGGACACUAAUCCUGUACCGCGGCAUAAAAAGAAAAAGAAGAAUGCACUCCUGGAGUUUAUAUCUAGUUGUGGUCAGCCGAUAGAACAAAGUAAAUUCAAGAGGAGAAUUUGCGUUGAUUUAGAAAUGGGACAGCACAAUAGGAAUAACUCGAGUGAAUCUAGUUUUUGUUCCAGUUUUGAUGAUGAUAAUAGUAGUUAUAUAUCACCAACAAAGACAUUGUCAGCUGAUAGACUAUCUGAUAAAAGGCAAAGAAAAUUUAACUGUGACAUCUGUUUUCGCGGUAAGAGAAGAUCUACUUUGACAGGAGCUACAUCGCUAGAAAAGAACGAGGAAAACGGCAUUGGAUUUGAGAUGCAGGAGGAAGGAACAAAUGAUGGGAUACUGAGGCCAGGGAUGGUUCUCCUAAAACAUCACUUAUCACAUCAUGAACAGGUAGAAAUAGUGAAAAAUUGUCGCGAUCUUGGUCUCGGUCCUGGAGGAUUCUACCAACCAGGCUAUGCAGAUGGAGCCAAACUUAGAUUGAUGAUGAUGUGUCUUGGUAAGGACUGGGAUCCUCAAACAAGAAAAUAUGGAUAUAAAAGGGGGAUUGAUAGUAGCCAGCCACCAAGUAUUCCUCCUUACUUUAAUAAGUUGGUUACAAGAGCUAUACGAGAAGCACAUCAGCUAUAUAAUCAGAAAUUUGGAAUAAGCUAUGUAGAGGAUUUACUACCUUCAAUGACUCCUGAUAUAUGCAUUGUCAAUUUUUAUUCAACUAGUGGAAGACUUGGUCUACAUCAGGAUCGCGAUGAAAGCGAAGAAAGUCUUCAAAAAGGGUUGCCAGUUGUAUCCUUCUCUAUUGGUGAUUCAGCAGAAUUUCUUUAUGGAGAUCAAAGGGAUGUUAAGAAGGCAGAGAACAUACUUCUAGAAUCAGGAGAUGUUCUUAUAUUUGGUGGUGAUUCUCGACAUGUCUACCAUGGUGUCUCAUCUAUCAUACCAAAUUCGGCACCAGAUGAAUUGGUUCAAGAUACCGGCCUUUGUCCUGGUCGCCUCAAUCUUACAUUUAGACAGUAUUGA